CAAUCGGUAGCGCCCAUAGGGUGAGUGCUAUACAUUUUGACGCUGUGAUAUAAAGCAAUUGUUGCUACAUAUUAAAGAGAGAAAUCAGAAAACGGGUAUUUCUCGGCUUGUGUGAGCGUUAUGUGAAUGAGGUGUUGACGUAAGUCUACCGUACGUCUCUUACGCCAUAAAAUGAAGAAAAGGAGCUCUGAGAAAAAACGCCAUGUGGUGGCAUGGGCCAACAAAGCUGAGUGGGAUCAAGUUCUGGAGUAUCUUUACUCUAAGGAUUCCUCCUUACAGAGGUAUGCACUGCAGAGGGUAUCAGCCUGGAAAGGCCGGUAUGCUAACAGCACUCCUGUGGCGGUGGACUGCACAGCUGACCUGGUGAGGUGCCAGGUGCUCGACAGGUCGGGACAGCUGGACGGAGACGACCUGGUGCUACUUUACGGAGCGGCUCUGGUUAGGUUUGUCAAUUUGAUCACCGAGCGACAGCAAGGGAGAGUUGCCCGUCCACUGAGGCGGCUGGCUGGGAACCUGAACAUACCGGAGUGGGUCGUAGAUCUGAGGCAUGAUUUCACACACAGGAAGCUUCCUACCAUAAAAUGGUGUCGAAAGGGAUGUAAGGUGGUUCUGGAGUGGCUCCAGCAGGAAUACUGGUCCAGGCAAUUGGGAGGAGGGCCUAAUGAGGACUGGGAAUCAGAGUCAGAUGGAGAGGAUGAAGAAACUGACCUAAAACGCCAAGGGGAUGAGCUCAUCGCCAGGCAAAAAGAAAUGGAAGCCUACAAGAAUGCACGGGAGCUUCUGAUUUCUUUUGAAAAGGAGCAGUACCAGGCUUUUGAUGGGCUUCCUGGAGACAAAGAAAAGAACCUGUGGCCAGCCCCCUUUGCAGACAUGAGCUGGUUACUUGGUGAGAUCAAGCAGUUUGCUUUGCAGUCAGGUAAUCUACUGAUUGAUGUGUUGUUGGAAGACGGAUUUCUAGUUCCUACUGUUGAGCAACUGGAAACAUUAGGCUGCGACACUUCUGACAGUGGCAGUCCCACUGAACCCAGACUCGCUCAAACCUUCCUGCGUUUUUGGCUGCCUCUUCUGAAGAUGCUCAACUCACCCUCCUUUAUUCACCUCCUUCUGGAGAAGCUGUUUGUUGAACUGAAGCUGCUCGCCACAGAGCAGAACAAUCACAGGGCUUUCUACAUUUCUGCUUGGAUUUCAGAAAUCAUCAUCUGCAACAGCAACAAAUUUGAAUACCAUUUUGAAACAAAGGGACAGAAGAAGGCCAGAAUGAAGGACAGGAUCUUUGUGAACCGCAUCCAGCUGAGGUGGCAGCAGCUGCUCUCUGCAUGCCUGGAUGCUCCCUGUAUCAGCACGCCUCACUUGCUCCAGUUAAUCCUGGACGACAUGGAGCACCCUCUCCCUCUAGAAACCCGAGAGAGGCUGCUCCAGCUCUGCUCCAUCUACACACAGAUCAAACACUCUGAAUAUGAUACUUCUCCGGAGCAGAAACAACAGCCCAUAUACACACUGGAGAGUUUGCAUGAGAAGCUGCAGCAUUCACGGCGGCACGGCCAUCCUUGGCGCUCCACAGCUGAUGCAGAGAGGAGCGAGUCCUCCCAGGAGUACAAAUGGGCAGAUGUUCAGGCUGAAAAAGCAAAGUUGCUCAGAGGUUCACCAUGGCAGGUGUGCACUGAUAAGGUUUUAUGGAAGAACUAUCCUCUUGGUAAAGUCCCUGGUCAGUCAGAUGACCCUUCAUGCCUCAUGCUGGAAAACUACUCACCAAUGACUGUGUUUGACCAGCCGGUGGAGUUGGAGAGCAACACAGCACACAAUGUCCCAGGAGUGUUGGCACCAGUGAGAACAGCUGAUGGCCUUCUAUGGAACCACAGUGAUGUCAAUAAGCUGAAAUCUGGACUGCAGCUUUUUUGAUUCAUGUUGCGACGUGAAGUACUGUCCUUUAGCAUUGUUGAACCUAUGGUCUUGUUGGUUUUGACACUUGAAAAAAAGAAACGUUCAAAAUAUGUGAACUUCAAUUUUGUUGUGGUAUAAAACAAAUAUGUAAACAGUUGAUCAGUUAAUUAGUCAGUCAACAUAAAAGUCAUUUAUCUGAGUCAUUUAUCAGGCAAGAAUACCAAACAUUCACCGGUUCCAGCUUCCUAAAUGUGAGGAUUUACUGAUUUUCUCGGUUUCAUAUCUUUCAGGAAAGCAGCUAAUGAUUCAUCUUUACAGCACAUUAUUUUCUUUACUAACUAAAUGUCAGAAAGUUGUGUCCAUUAUAAUUUCUCAGAGCCUAAGGUGACCUCUUCGAGUGAUUUGUUUCAUCCUGCCAGCAGUGCUAAACUUUUUUUUCACAAGUUUAACAUUUUAUAGGAAAGAAAAAAAUCAUAAAUAAUGAUAAUAUUUAAAAAAAAUCAGCAGAUACAUUGAUAUGGAAGACAACUGUUAGUUGCAGCCCUAAUGUACGGCAUUUGUAUAGCCCUUCCUGUUGUAUGCUGUGUGUGUAAUAUUUUCAAUACGUGACCAAGACAAAAGUGGAACUAGUGCAGACAUUUAACUCAUCAUAUACUGUUGCAUAAGUAAAGAAUGUGAGAAUGUGGAUAUAGUUGAUUUAUUAUGAUGGUUUACAGUGAGUUUUUCUUUUCUUUCACCUGUCAUGCAAGUGAACAUGCAUUGUUAAUACAGUUGUCACUCCCUACAAAGUGUUUUGGAGUAAAUGUAUUUCAGUUGAAAAUGCUGCAGAGGGGAUUUGUUAUAGGCACCGGGUGGUUUUGUGUAAUACAUUUUCUUAUGUGCACCUAUGUUCAAUAAAACAUUUUCCUACUGAAUCUA